AACCGUGGCUCGGCAAAGCUCGGACCCUUCGCACCACCGGGAUGCCUGCAGCAGCUGCCUGUUGGCCGGGUCCCCGGCACAGCUCGGCUGGCGGGUUGGCUGCUCACGCAUCCCCCACGGCACCGGAGAAAACACGCUGGUGACGAUGACGUGAUGGGUCCCCUCCUCCUGCCCGUGGACACACGAUGCUCGGGGCCAGCCAGCUCAUAUCCCCGCAAGACCCCCGUGGGAUGGGAGAGGACAAAGCUGAUGGGGACAUGGAGAUGUAGCAGCGCUUAUUUUUUAUGUGCUUUAAAAGCCAUCUGCGGUGGAGCCAGGCGGCAGGCAGGGAUCCCCGGGAGGCUAUGGACGCAGAUGGGUGCUUCAGGACUCAGUGGAGGAGGGAACUCUCCUAACAGUCCAUUGUCUUCUCCUGAGAGCCCCAGCAUUGCUGCUAAGAGAUCUUCCUUCCCAAUCCUCUGCAGAAAGCUCUAGAGAAAACAGAGCACCAUGUACACCUUUCUGCCCGAGAACUUCACACCGGUGAAGCAGAAGCCCUCCAAGGAGCUGAGGCCCAUGCUCGGGGCCAUCUUGCUGGGCCUUAUCCUGUUCAUUGCCGCGGUGGUGGCCUGGUGCUACUACACAGUGUCCCUGCGGAAGGCGGAGCGGCUCAAGACGGAGCUGAUGGACCUGCGGGCGGAUGGCUUCGUCAUCAGGAACCAGCACGGGGAGGUGGUCUUCCGUCUGGCCUUCCGCUCGGGCAGCCUGGACCUGGAGUCGUGCUCCAAGGAGGGCGAGAUUUUGAGCUGCACGCGGUCGGGCAGGGGGCCGCUCAACUUCUUCAUCCAGACGGUCAAGCCUAAGGACACAGUGAUGUGCUACCGCGUGCGCUGGGAGGAGCUGGCAGCCGGCCCGGCGGUGGAGCACACCAUGUUCUGGGAGGACGCCCACUGGUACGGGGGCUCAGAGAUGAGCACCCAGCACUGGCCCAUCCGCCUGGCCGGCUACCAGGAGCCCGUGCCCUAUGUGACAAGCGAUGUCUACUCCUUCCGCGACAGCUUUGGUGGCAUCCUCGAACGCUACUGGCUCUCCUCCAAGGCGGCAGCCAUCAAGAUCAACGACUCCGUGCCCUUCCACCUGGGCUUCAACGCCACCGAGCGCGCCCUCUUCUUCCAGGCCCGCUACAAGGACUCACCCUACAAGCCCCCGCCGGGGCAGCAGCCCUUCCCCGAGCUCAGCUACCGCGUCUGCGUGGGCUCCGACGUCACCUCCAUCCACAAGUACAUGGUGCGCAGGUACUUCAACAAACCCUCCAAGAUCCCUGCCGAGAAUGCUUUCCGAUACCCGAUCUGGUCCACCUGGGCCCUCUACAAGAAUGACAUUGACCAGGAUAAACUCUUGCGAUUUGCUGAAAAAAUCAAGAAGUACCGUUUCAACUGCAGCCACAUUGAAAUUGAUGACAUGUACACGCAAGCCUAUGGGGACUUUGACUUUGACCCUGUCAAGUUCCCCAAUGUAACAGAGAUGUUUGCAAAACUGAGGGAAGAUGGGUUCAAGGUCACCCUGUGGACUCACCCUUUCAUAAACUACAAUUCCUCCAAUUUUGGAGUGGGCAUCGAGCGUCAGCUGUUCAUCAAGGAGCCAUCAGGACGACUGCCAGCAAUGGUGGAGUGGUGGAAUGGCAUCGGGGCCAUCCUGGACUUCACCAACCCAGCAGCUCGGGACUGGUUCCAGAGCCAGCUGCGCCAGCUCCGACACAAGUAUGGCAUCUCGUCCUUCAAGUUCGAUGCGGGUGAGACCAGCUACCUGCCCAAGCAGUUCAGCACCUUCCGCCCACUCUCAGACCCCAGCAUCUGGUCACGGCGCUACACAGAGAUGGCCAUCCCCUUCUAUGAGCUGGCUGAAGUGCGGGUGGGCUACCAAUCGCAGAACAUCUCCUGCUUCUUCCGUAUCAUUGACCGUGACUCCGUCUGGGGCUACGAGCUUGGCCUCAAGUCCCUCAUCCCCACGGUGCUCACCAUCAGCAUGCUGGGGUACCCCUUCAUAUCCGCUGACAUGAUUGGAGGAAACUUCCUCCCCAACAAGACAGACGGUGCGGUGGAGAUCCCUGACCGGGAGCUGUACAUCCGGUGGCUGGAGCUGUCGGCGUUCAUGCCCUCCAUGCAGUUCUCCAUCCCUCCCUGGCUCUACGACAAGGAGGUGGUGGAGAUUGCACAGAAGUUCACGGAGCUUCAUGAGUCACUGGUGGCCCCGCUGCUGCUGGAGCUGGCUGGGGAAGUCACCGACACGGGUGACCCCAUCAUCCGUCCCAUCUGGUGGAUCUCGCCCCGCGACGAGGCCGCUCACAGGAUCGACUCCCAGUUCCUCAUUGGGGACACCCUCAUGGUGGCCCCUGUCCUGGAGAUGGGCAAACAGGAGCGUGACGUUUACCUGCCGGCAGGCAAGUGGCGCAGCUACAAGGGGGAGCUGUUUGAGAAGACCCCGGUGCUGCUCACGGACUAUCCCGUUGACCUGGACGAAGUCGCCUAUUUCCUCUGGGUUUCCUAACAGGCUCCUCCAUCAGCUUUGGGAUAACCAUGCCUUACCUAGGACUUUGUAACAAAUAAUAAUUCUAAUUGCACAUUUCAUUUGAGACUGGGGUUGAGUAAGGGAAUUACAUAGACUUCACUGUCCUUGACGUAAUUUUUUUUUAUUUGGAAGGGGAUCAUCUUUUUUUUUUUUUUUUUUUUUUAAUUUGGGUCAGGUGUGAGACUCCGGUUGUGCUACGGUAGGCAGAAUUUUCUCUGUCUAGGUCAUUAAUGAGUUUGUCUGCAGACAGGUAGUAAAGCCAACUACCUUUUCAGUUCCCAAGGACUUCAAGAGGUGGAAGUUGGUUAGUGCCAGGGUCACUGGUCUUGUGGGAGCACCCAGCACUGGGCAUGGGGGCGAGUGACAUGGGAGGGUUGCUACAGCACAGCCUGCCUUAAGUUUUAUAAUAUGGCAAAUAUAUUUAAAAGGACUUUUUUAAUAGCAGAAAAGAAGAUAGUGAGCUACAUAUAUAUAUAGACACACAUAUAUUUUUUCCCCCUUUAGUCUUGUGUGGCACUGGACUAACCACUUGCCCCAUGUUUCCACUUUCCCGGGUACCAGGCAGGCCAGGUUACUCGAGUGACGUCGGGGUUUUUUCACUGUAUGGGCUGUGCGUCGCUUUCUGGGCCAGCUGCAUCCCACCUCCUUGCCCAUUUAACACCUGCUGCGCCGCAAGACACUUGCCUGUGGGCUUUGCCUUGGGUGUCAACAUUGCCUUUCCUAGAGCGGCGCCGGCCAUACCAGCAUGCCCCAUUAGUCUUUUUAAAGCAUUUAUGGCCCCGCUUCGUUAUGUGAUUGUCCUACUGAUAUCAUCUCUUUCGGUUUUUAAGGACAGAUGAGCAUUCAGGUCUGUUGCUGACAGAAGGACGGCCUGGAGCAAAGCCAUUCUCAAAAAGUAUGUGUGGCGCUUUCCCAGGAACAGCAGGUUCCCACAAGCGGCACGUGUCUUGGAUUGACAGUGACGUUUGCUGCUAGCCGGUUUGCCAGUGGGUGGAAAACACCAGCUUUUGCACUGAUGGGUCUGUGCCAGCAGGUGUUCUCACUGCACCCGCGGAAAUGUUCUCAUCUACCAUGAAAUUAAGCUAAUAUCCAUCUCUGUCUCAGGUCGCAGUUAGAGGUGAUGAUUUUCUUUAGCGUUUUUCAGAAGCAGCCCUCCUCUCUCCCGGGGAGAAUUAGGGGCCUUCCUCAGGCAGCAUUUGUGGUGCUGGAGGUGGGGUUGCUGUUGGAGGCUUCAGGAGGUGACACAGGGUGACAGGGUCCUGCACCCCGAGUCCCCAGCAGCUGUGAUGGAGCUGCAGAGAUGCCUCUUUCCCAGCUUUCCCAUUUGGUUUUGUUUGGGAAGAUGCAUUUACAGAGACUCGUGGUCAACCUCUGCUCCAAGAUGGCGCAAACAGGAUUGAAGUUUGGCUGGGCUGUUCCUUGGGUAGGUGCAUGUUUCAGCCUCUGAAUUUUUAAUGAGCCUUUGCAGAAUUGAGCUGCGUUGGCUGGGAAGGUUUGGGGCACCCUGCCCGGGCUAUGGCCAGCCAAGAACACCUCAACAUCUGCGAGGUUUCUCAUAGGAUUGCAUCUGAGCUGAGCGUGGGUCUGGCAUGAGCCUGUCACCUGGGCAGAUGGAGGUGUGUUUUGGGUAGGGUUGGGUACCAGCGAGGAUCUUUCUCAAAGCCCAUCUCCUGCAUUGGGUAUUGCAGGAGGCAGAAAAGGAGAUGCGCUAAAUGUGGGGUUUGUGAUAGGGUCCAGGAGUAGAAAAUCAGGUAUUUGGGGCAAAAUAAGAAGUGCUUUUAUAGCUAAGAAAUGAGGAAGUCCAGUUUGAUAUUCUUUGAAGCAUCUCUUGUGGUGUGAAUCUGCCCUGUGUAAUUUGCAGUUUCAGCCGCAGAAGGAGAUGCGCAGGAGCCCUACAGGUUCCUGCUCAGCGGGAGAACAAGCGUGUCCAAAAGCCUGUUCCUUGUGGCUUUUAAAUACAAAGGACUCAGGUUUGUUCCCUGCCAUCGGUGCAAAUAACAGUUGUGUUACAAGUUACAGACACCCUUUGGCAAGGAGUUAAUCCUGGAGCCCCACCAUCAGUCAUCAGGGCACUGUCAGUAUUUAGCCCUUGGACUAGAGGGCAGAGGUGAAGGUGAGGAGCUCCAGUACACGAGUGACCACAGCCUGCAAGGAGAACAGGGUGCAGAGAGGGCUUCUCCAGCCCCAGAAAUGCUUAAAGACCAUGCUUUGAGGGGCUCCAGCUCUUCCCUUUCAAACUUUGCUUGUGAAAUACUUGUCCUCCCUUGGCAUGGGAGUCAUUGGGUGGAGAAGACAUUGCUACACAGCUCAGCUGCCAGUGAAGAUGUGGGAUCUUGGGCACAGGACUUCAUGGGAAGGAUCCCAGUGUGACCAGGGGAUGUUGCAUGUCUUCUCCCUGUCUCCGCUGUGCCAUUCGCCUCAUCCCUCACUGGUAAGGGGUGAGGCUACAUGAAGAGAAGCCCCACAUUCCCAUUAGUAUCCCUUUAUUAUGAAAAUGGUGGGAGUAGCCAGAUGAGUGCCUUCAAUCCCCCUUGCAGUGGUUUCAGGCUCUGUCAGGAAGGUCAUGGAGAAAAUUCCCUGUUAGGCACACCAUCCUCCUUUCCCUCCACUCAAAAAGAAGGAUUUUAUUAUCAAAGUUUUAAUUUUCUUUUUAUUUAACUAUAUGAAUAAAUGGGUAAGACUAUAGAGUGCCCUUAUUUUUAUAAAUGCUGUAGUUAGGGCAUAAGUGGCUGUGGCUAUCCAGUGCUCCAGCUAGGAGAAAUGUUAAGCUGCUGGGAGGACAUAAGGGAUGAUGCUGAAGAGCAGGUCUGUAUGGGUAGAUCUCUGUUGGUCCAUGGCACCAAACCUUCCUCCGCAUGUCAGGGACAGGCUCAGCAGUGCUGCCUCAAGCUAUCUCAAAGGCUUCUAGGUGCCCUUUCCAUCCAACUUUUUACCAAAAAACACUAUUUCUAACACUGUGCUGUAGCCCUGCAGGACUCGAGGACCUCUAGAACUUCAAGACCACAAGUGCUCUGUGCACAGACACCUUGGGAACUGCACGCCAUGGAGAUUUCUCCGAUUUACUCCAUGAGUCACUGGCCAAAACAGAGUUUAGUUUGACUCAGCCAAGGAAAAGCCCCAAAAGAGGUUUUUGGGGUUGGGUUCAGCCUUUUCCACCCCAGCCCGCAGCAGAUGGUGGCUGAGCAGCACGUCAACGUGAUGUCCGUGUGAUGGAAUUUUGAAGCUUGCACUGUUGUGUGUUGGGUUUUCUGGAUGCUUGUGUUUGCACAUGCUGUCCUACGUUGGACUGUAAUGCUGGUGGGUUUGUUUUUAACCACUUUUCUAAUUCUUAAUUGUUACGAAAACAGAACUGUAACAUGAAUCUCCUUGAUUGAUAUAAAAAUUUGGAAAACAAAA